AUGGCGGAUCUGAAGACUGAUACUUUGCGCACCUACGCUUACAUUCUUCUCUACAUUGCUCUCUCCAGCGGGCAAAUCUUCUUCAACAAGUGGGUUUUGUCCUCUAAGGAAAUUAACUUCCCUUAUCCCUUGGGAUUGACUCUACUUCACAUGGUCUUCUCCUCUGUUCUGUGUUUUGCGUUAACCAAGAUUUUGAAGGUUAUGAAGGUCGAUGAGGGAAUGACUCCAGAAAUAUAUGCUACUUCUGUAGUGCCAAUUGGGGCCAUGUUUGCAAUGACUCUUUGGCUGGGAAAUACUGCCUACCUGUACAUUUCUGUAGCUUUUGCACAAAUGCUGAAGGCAAUUAUGCCUGUAGCUGUUUUUGUGCUUGGAGUAGCUGUAGGACUUGAAGUAAUGAGCUGCAGAAUGCUUUCAAUCAUGUCAGUGAUUAGUUUUGGUGUCCUAGUAGCUUCUUAUGGAGAGAUAAAUAUAAACUGGGUUGGAGUUGUUUACCAAAUGGGAGGUGUUGUUGGUGAAGCUCUGAGACUUAUCUUCAUGGAGAUUUUUGUUAAAAGGAAAGGUCUUAAGUUGAAUCCUUUAUCUGUGAUGUAUUAUGUUAGUCCUUGCAGGCAAGUUGCACUUUGUUUAUUCCUUCCAUGGAUAUUUCUGGAGAAACCAAAGAUGGAUGAACAUGGACCAUGGAACUUCCCACCUAUUUUGAUCAUCCUCAACUGCCUUUGUACUUUUGCUCUGAACUUAUCAGUUUUCCUUGUGAUUACGCAUACAAGUGCUUUAACCAUUCGUGUUGCUGGAGUUGUCAAGGAUUGGGUGGUUGUCUUACUGUCUGCUAUUCUGUUUGCUGAUACAAAGUUAACACUUAUCAAUUUGUUUGGUUAUGCUAUUGCCAUUGCUGGGGUAGCAGCAUAUAAUAAUUACAAGUUGAAAAACGAAGCCUCUCGAGACACCUCAAAUGCUUCCGACCCUGAAUCUUCCCAAAAUCAGGAGUCUCAGCCUUUAACAAGUAGAUAG